CCCUAAAACAUGUUAGGGCCGCCUCCAUCUCCCUCACAUUGAUAAUUUUCGGUUUUGGGAGCUAAGGAAGAGAGAAAAGGGAGAAAUCCCGUUUUUGAAGUUUAUAGCAGCAAAGAUCAGAUGAUUCCCGAAGAUCUAACCGUUGGAUCGAGCUCAAAUUUGGAUCGAGUCUUCUACACAUAUAUACAAAGAUUUUGACCGUUGGGAUCGUCAUUUAGAGGCUUGGAGGUCGGAUAUUUACUGCCCUGAACAGAACAGCUUGCUGGAAGGGUUUCCGGUGGCUGUUUGGUCUUUCCAGCAACAAUAGCAACUGUUUCCAGCUGAAACAACAAGUGUUAUGUUUAGAUCUUGAAAAUAGGGUUCCAUGGACACCUGAAUCACCCAGAUCGGAGUCCGGAUGACCAAGUUAUGGGCUCGACAAGUUUGUGUCGCAUUUCGUUACAUGAUUUUCUUACAAACCGGUUUAGGACAGCGUGUCCGCAAAGGUACAUGCCAUUCUGGGCGCGAACUUGGUAGGCAACGGGACGGACAUAUGGAAUACGUAUCAACUACUUACGGGUCAAGGUGGCUUGAUUGUGAAUUCUAUUGGAGGUUGAUUCACAAGUUGGAAGCAAUAGUGGACUAUGAAAUUAAAGGAGUCGAGUUCGUUGGAAGUAUAAUGGGAACUAGAGGUUCGCGGAGUGAUGAAUGGAACAAGGUUUGGUGACAAAUCUGAAAUCGAGUAAGCAAUGUCAGUUCAUCCAUCCGUCAGGUUAUAUCGUCAUGUUUUACUUGCCUUUUACGGCAUUCGGUAGUUUUAAAUCGUGUAAGCUUCAUGAGUCAGACGUAGUGUCUUGUUUUGUUUAUGUUCAAGUUUAGAGUUGUAAAAUGGAUUGUAAACAGGUUUUAUUACCGUAACGGUUAUCCGUAAUACGAACGGGUCUUGCCGAAAUUUUAUAAAAAUUGGAAUGGAAUAUGUAAGUUUUUAAA